AUGAAAUUGUUAACGCCUUUCGCUGCCAUCCUAGCUGCAGCCACAGCUGGACAAGUUAUCAACAACCCAGCAGAAAGUUACGCCCGGUCAUCAGAAAUCUAUCAAUUAGGACUAGAGAAUCAACAACGUGGUCUUUAUAGCACUCAACCACAAACUUUCUCCACUCACAUGACAUUUAAUCAUGGGCAAGGUUUCAAUACUCAGCCACAAAAGAUUUCAAGUCCUCAAAAUUUUCACAGUCAACCACGACAGUUUACAAGCCCUGUUAAAAAUCUCCAUAUUCAACCCCAACCUUUUUCAAGCCCUGCUCAAACCCUCCACAAUCAAGCCCAACAAUUUUCAAGCCCUGCUUCAGCACACUUCGGACAAUUAGCUGCUUAUGCUGCCCAGUCACAAUUGGGGCAUGAUGUAGGCAACCAAAGAUCUUCAGCUGAGAAAUCCGCAAGGAUCUUGCAUUAUAGCAUGGACAAUGAUGGACACAAUUAUCAAUAUGCUUAUGAAACUGAAAACGGAAAUGUUCUCCUCUCCUCAGGUAUCAAAGCUCAGGAGCAAGGUCAAACCAUCCAUGGCACGCAAGCAGCCGGUGAAUAUUCCUACACCGGUGAUGAUGGUCAGGUCUACACUGUGACGUACACAGCUGAUGAGAACGGCUUCAGGGCACAGGGUGCUCACCUCCCCACUCCCCCGCCAAUACCUGAUGCAAUUGCUAAAGCUAUCGAGCAAAAUGCAAAGGAUGCUGCCAAUGGAGUUUUUGAUGACGGUAAUUAGAUCAAAUGUUUUACACAUGAAUAUUUAUGCCAAGCGUUAUUCUGGUACAUUUUCAACCUUGAUUUUCUAAAGUUUUUUGUUGAACAACAAAAUAAUAUUCGAUAUAAAUAUUUUGAAAAACUCUAUGUGAUUUAGUCAAAUACUAUAAUAAAAUUUAGAUUUAAAGCAAUUUCUAAAUAAGUACGAGUUUUCACAAUGUUAAAUACAAUGCUUAUUUACUCCUAGGUCAAUAUAAAGCCGAAGUGACAGCAUCAGGUAAUGAUUACCAACAAUUAGACGGAGGUUACCAAAAGAAUUCUGCUUAUCGUCCAGGAA